CUCGGAAUGGUCCUUGUUCGCAGUGUUGCUUCAACUUCGCCCCAAAAGGUUACACUGCAGCAGUCUUGUUGGCUGGCUUGGCGACCGUGUGCAACGUAGAGUCUUGCCCCGACUUGCGGCCUCCAGUUUGGACUUAGCCAUGUGCUAGGAAGAUGUCUAAGAUCCUGCUGGCAUUGCUAGGCCUGGCGACGGGAUCACUGAGCGUCGACGAAGGCCGCGGAGGCCGCAAUGGCUGGACCGCUCAGCUGCACCGGCUGGACCUGGAGACCUCGGUUUCCGCCUGCUUGCUGCAGACGGCGGCACACCGAGAGGCGGCGAACGUCAGCGAAGCUUUCCGUCUUCGCAGGACCGAUGUGGAGCUCCGCUUGAACAACAGCCGUUUGAAGACGGAGUUGACGGAGCUCACCGAGCAGCUCGUUGAGGCACACUGGUCCAGGCAUGAACUUCACAUGGACUUUAGGAAGCCACUGUGGCUGACGCUUCUAGUCACUGCCAUUCUCCUGCUUGGCUAUUUGGUGAUAUACUUCAUUCACCUGGUAGCGUUCUUCAGCCACCGCAACUCGGUGCGCGUGGCCAACCGGCGCCGGCCGAGUUGGGAAGCACCUGAGCCGGUGCCGAAGUUCGAAGACUACAACGAGGAGGUCAUCAAGCUGAGGUUCUGUUUGGGCUUGCGGCGCAAGACGGUGCAUCGACUCAUCAUUUUGUUGAUCCUCAUCACCGCCAGUGGUAGCUACUUCGCGUCCCAGGGCUACUUCAAACCUUUGGAAGAGAAGUUGGUGCCCUUCUUAUACCUGGGGUUGGUGGCCAUCCUCAUUGGACAGGCGGUGCUUCGUGAGGUCUGGCAGCGGAACAUGAAGCACUUCGGCCCCAUGAUCGAGACCAUGACCAAGUUCUCCGAAGCGAUGCAGAACUUUGGCGAGAAUACGCUGUUGAAAGAUUUACGCGAGAGCCUCGGCCGAGUGGCAGACUUCUCUGGCUAGCCGGAAGACGACGGCUGCGUGAGAAAAAGCGCACAAGGUCUGCAGCCUGCAGCCUCACGUUGACGACGCUUCUCUCAGGCAGCCGGGCGAUCGGUGAUGCUGGAAACAUCAUUAA